GUUGCAAGACCACAAAACCUAUUAGCGAAUUUAUCAAGGUUGUAGCAAAUGGCAAGGAAAGACAAUAUGGUACUUGUGCUAAUUGUCGCAGUAGAACGACUGAAUGUAAAAAUUCCAAAAAAAGACAGUUAGAAAUCACGGAAAAUGAAAACCAAACUGGAGACCAAGAAACUGAAGACCAAGAAAUCGAAAGCCAAGAAACUGAUGAUGAUUUGGAAAUAAUCGAUCCAAUAAAUCUUUGUAACUAUAUUAUGCUGCAUUUAAAUGCACAUUCGAUAGAAAUUGACGAUAAUUUAGAAAGUGUAUCGCCGCCUCAUUUUCAAUGUUGUAAAUAUUUCUAUGUUUGA